AUGUCUCACGGCCCUGUCAACCCGGAGACGUCGACAUCUCUGCCGUCGCCACCGUUUAUCCAUCUCAAGGGUAUUCCCAACUUCCGCGACCUCGGCGGCUAUGUCGUAUCCAGUAAGAGCGGGACGGGCACCGUUCGCCGAGGCUACAUCUUUCGGUGUGGAGAGCCGACUAGCGCUACACCUGAAGCGGUUGAUACAGUCCGUGGCCUCGGCGUGACGCACAUUUACGAUCUGCGCUCGCUGCCCGAGAUCCAAAAGUUGCAGGUGGCCGGCACGGGGCCUAAGACGGUCGACUGGCCCGGAGUGACGCGUGUUUUCACGCCCGUGUUCCGCGCCGAGAGCUAUGACCCCGUGAGCCUGGCCAAACGGUACGCCGACUACCAAGAUGAGAGCCCCAAGGGCAUGGUAAAUGCGUAUCGGGCUAUUCUGACCGAAGGCGCGGCGUCGUACGGUAUUAUAUUAAGACACAUUCUGGAAGAUGCACGGGUGGCUAAGCAGCGGUGCUUUAUAAUUCACUGCACGGCUGGCAAGGAUCGCACAGGUGUCCUGGGGGCGCUGUUGCUGAGCGUGUGUGGCGUGCCGGACCUGGUAGUAGCCGAGGAAUACAACUUGACCGAGGCCGGCCUGGGCCAUUGGACCGAACUGCUCGUUCAGGCCGUGCUCAAGCAGGGUGCAACCAGUGAGGAGGGUGCGCGGCGUAUGGUGGGUGCUCGCAAAGCCAGCAUGCUGGACACACUCAAGAUGCUCCGGGAGGAGUUUGGCGGCGCGGCGGCGUACAUGGAGACACAGUGCGGUCUGACCAAGGAGGAGGUUGGCGAGAUUGUGGCCUUUCUAGUGGUCAAGGAAUGA